AUGGCGAAAGGUUUCGAUGGGCUCAUCGAGUUUCUACUUGGAGAGAUCGCCCUCUGCGGAACCCAAGGAGCCGGCAGCGCAGACUUUCGUCGUUUCGUACAAAAGUAUUACCAAGAAAAUGGCAAACGUCCUUUGAAGUCAUCUAGCAACCGAAAUCUUCCUGCACACGAUGGAAGGCUCAGCCGUCCGUACUUGGAGAAGCUCUGGAAUUGGCUCUGCAGUCACCAAGACGUCCGAAUCGUUCAUGCCGGAGAUACACGCAAUGUGUCACUAUUUGAGUUUGAGGCUCUAGAAAGACAAGAAAGUAGCUCUAAUAGGGCUGGAUCCACCGAGCGGUCACGACCCACAACGGCCGCGAAGCAACCUCGAAGUAGGCCAGGCUGUCCAUUUGUCUCUGAGGAAUUUUCACACCAGCUUGCCCAAGCUUUGGCAAACGACAGCGACGCAUUAACCGAUCCCACAACUCCAGGCCCAUAUGACUCGUUCAAGUUGAGUCCUCUAGGAAAUGUUCGCAAACAUGCCCAUCGCAAGUCCACCGGCAACCGAACUUCAUCGGGGCACAGACCAGAGAUUGCGGAACAUCAUGGCGAGCGACCGCAUGUACCUCCACCUGACUCAGGUACGUCUCCGAUCCUCAGCCAGCAAGUUGACCAGGACGAGGACGACAUUGUAAUGGAUUCAAACGAUAAUGGUUACGCCGAAACCCCUCUACUUGCCAAACCAAAACGAGGCCCUCGCAGGAUGCCAAAAGGCAUCUUCAUGAACACCCCUGUCUUCGAUGAACCCGCAAUAUCAACGAGCGCGCCACGUAUAUAUGCUAGCCAAGACCGAACUUGGCGAGCGAUUGCAGGACAUUCGGUAGACCUUCAAAAGUUGCCCUGGAUGGAGUUUGCCCUCUUGUCGAUCAUCGCAUCUCACGGUGCUGACGGUAUUCUUCAACCUGAACUAGUCCACAUAAGCGGGCAGGACAAACGGUCGGUGCCGCACAGAACGGACAUGCUAGCCAAGAAAGGCUAUAUCGAAAAGAAGCCCGUUCAUGCAGUCAAGAUGAGAACAAGUAUAUGCGUUCACAAGAAAUUCGUCCAAAAGGGGCAUUUUCUAAAAGCAGGCGACAGUGUUGAAGAUGUGUUCGUGAAUGGUAACAUUGUUCUUUCGAACUUUGUCGGCCUCCUUUACAAGCUGUUACAGAAUUUCGGAGUCGUAGCAGUUCGAGACCUUCAAAAAAAAAUGGUAAGCUUCCCUUCCACGGCUGCCACACAGGUCAAUAAUACUCAGCAGGGCAUUCCUAUGAAAUUGUGGAAUCAGCGCGCUAUCAGAAACGCUGUCAUUCGGCUUGCAGAAUCUGGGUUUCUUCGGAGGGUUCGAGCUCGGAGGAGGGGCUCUAGAGACACAUGGCUUGUUUGCUUAUCUGCCCUCCGAGAACCCAACGAGGACGAUAUCAAGAAUCUUCAUUUCAAGCGCAGAAAUGAGAGUACCCGAUCCAUGAACAACAUCCUCGAAGAAGAUGAGGACAGCGACGACAUCAUGCGAGAUCUUGAGCUUGAAGUAGAUUUCGACGAUAACGAUGCUGUUGGAGAUGACGAUGAAGAGCAAGAUGGGCUUGUUGACAAAUCCCGCAUUCCUCCACAAUGGGAUCCAGAUCAAACGGUAGCGAACUUAAUCUUCGAUACCCUCAAUCUAGCUGGAAUCCAGGGUUGUUCUUCUGCCUUCCUAAGGGAGAGGACUGUUGGCAAAUUCUGGAAACGACCUGUCGAGGCAUUAAUGAGCCGCAUCACGGACAAUUGGGAGGAGAGCCAACCACCCCAUCUGCGGCAUCUUGCAGUCAUCAGAGAUACUGCGGUCACCCAAGAGAAAAAAUACGUUCAUUACGUCUACCGCACUCAUGGCCAUUUUCAAAAAGCCGUUGAUGCAAGAGAAGCAUCGUGGGAAGCUGUCCGUAGAGAGGCGCAGAAAAGUUAUUCCAACAUGCCGAAAGGCCGUUCGCGAAAGACUGCCCAGGAGUCCAUAAGACUCGAUUCAUGGGGCUUCCGACAGCUUAAUCUGAAUGAUUUUUAUGGUCGCCAUGGUGCCUCAUCACUUGCUGUCUGCUUAAAGGCGAUUAAACGAGGGCCACGAGGAACGCAGUCCUGGGAUAACGCGAUAUACAGAGAAAUGGGAGAUGAUAAGCCUGGUCGUUCUCAGCGGUUACCUGCUCUAAGCCGCACUCAGCUUGUAACACGAGAAGAGCUUAAAGCGGCGACUGAACUAAAGCGUAUCCGCGAGUAUGCUAUCGAAAAGGCCAUGCGCGAGGCUGGCCAAGCACCUGCCGGGAGUAGAACACCCACUAAAGAUUCUGGGACAGGCCUGACCUUCUUCAAUAAGCCUCGGGGAGGCAAGGGGGCUCCCACACCCCUACUCACAGCUGAGCAGAGGGUGGCGCUUGGACUACCUGCGAGGGGUCGGCUCAAGCAAAGUAUUGAAGACCAGAUUCGAGAGCAUCGAAGAAAGACAAAGAACCCAUUUGCGUUACCGGAUUUCAUUGUGCAGGAUGAUGAAGGGUCACCCAAACCUAAGCCUAAGCCUAAGCCAAAGCCUGGAAAUCACCCUAGCUCUAGCACGCAACCGCUGCUCACAAAAGAGCAGAGAAUAGCAAGAGGGUUAGCUCCAAUGGGCCGGUUGAGCAAAGCCGUUCUCGAAGAGCUGCGCCGAGAACGUGGCAUAGUUGGAGCGCCUGCUACCCCAGACACGACAAUGAAUCUCGAAGCUAGCCAGAAUGUUGACGAUACCGCAUUUACUAUCUCAGGGGAUAAAGAAACCCCGCAAAGUCAACCAAGGACUCCAAGAACCAUGGAUCAACUUCAAAGUCUUGCGGGUAUGAACGACCAGAAUGAGCCGAUCGAUGCUACAACCACGCCUCAGGCUACCCCUUCUACCGCUACGAAACGCAAGGCAGGUGAGUUUGAAAACCACCCCAUCAAAAGGAUGAGGAAACCGCGUAAGACGUCGGCCGUAGACACACCUGGAUCUGAACAUCGAACCAUACCAAAAUCAGCUGUAGCAUCACCCUUCCAAACAGAUGCGCUAGCAGUUGCGAGCAGUGGGCUAGGGCGCGACGGUCCACAAAAGGAAGCGGAUUCGUGGAAUCAUGCAGGGUCGAGCACAACACCUUACCCUCCAGCAACUUCAGUCCAAGAAAUCUCUGCAGUCAUCUCCCGUCGCGUUGAGGAGAUCGUAAACAAAUUCACGCAACGUUCGGAGCCUGGGAUUUAUGUGAAUCCGUUCAUGACUCGCCCAAUUGCAAGGGGUCGCCCCAGGAAAGCUCUAUUUGCUAUCUUCAAAUCAUCAAGGUUGAAGGAAUUUGAAUGGUUUCGACCCGAUCCAACUGUUGUGCGCAGAAAUUAUGAACUCUCAAUUCCGGGACAGAAGAAGCGCAAACGGGCAAGACCAUCUCUUGCAGCGAGUAAAGAACUAACACCAGGAAAUGAUAUUGUUGCUCCCAGUGCUGAGCAAGAAGAAGGACAUCCAUCCACAGAGCGGGCUAGAGUUGAUCAGACCGAAGAUGCGGAAGCUCAAGUUGCGCCAGCUGAGCCCGAGCAGCCCGAAGCCAUCCAAGCUGCUGACGACGUACCAUUAAUGAUUGAAACACAAGCCUCAGUCGCCUCAACUAACGUCGGGCCACCGAACCCUCCCAUAUCGCAACCGGAACAACUCAUCUUUCAAUCAUCGCAUCCUACAUGGACUCCGAUUAAUUUCCCAGCGGCUCAUACUCCUACAUAUGUUAGCCCAUAUGUCAACACAUCCGUUCCACCCAUACAAUCCGCUACUCCACCAACGACAGAAAAGGAAGGAGGCGACAGAAAGACAAGCAAUCCAGCACAAACCACUGACAAUGAUGAAUACGCUGUCGUGGAUCUAAGUGAAGGUAACAGUACCGAUGCAGCUACUAUCUACGAGCUCAGUACCAGGGCGUACACGCGCAAGCCGCGAUACUUAGCCUUCCCCAGCGGUGUACGUCUUGGCCAGGGCAGUGUUCACCAUCUACGAAGACAGAUCUUCUUGGAACUUCUUGCACGUUGCGGGGGUGUAUUCCCUGGCAACGGAGAGAUUGCCAAUCCCUUUUACACCUUGUGGGAUAAGCGCGCUGCUCCAGGAUGGAAUAAGCCUGACCGUAGCACUCUAAAUAAUACGGUCAAGUUUCUCACCCAGAGCUCAAAACUCAAGAGGUUUCAAUUUCAGAUGACCAAUUUUUAUGGCGAAAAGGAAAUUGACAAAACAAUCCUCGCCCUUCCGCACCUCACGCCUUCAAGUCCAGAGGUCAAGGAGCUCCAACGUAAUAUGAUUUCUGUUUAUCCAAAACGCUUCAUUCCCAAGGCAGUCCAUGAUCUCCUUGGAGGACAGGACGCGAAUUCUCGAGUGGUACCUCUAGCGGACAUAGACGCAACGAUUGAGAUUCCAGACUCUUUUGCAGAGGAAAAACUAGAGCAACGAAUCACGGCAUCGGCGCGAGCCCGGAGGAGCAAGGCUGAAAGUCGAAGACGAAAGGACCUUGAGGAAAGGAAGAGGAUGAACGAAGAGAUUGAGAGAUACCUCUUAGGAUCGCGUGGAUGUCGUCAUGAUCGAGUUGCACGUAUGAGGCUGGAAACCCUGAACGCCGGGCCUCUAACUAAGUCAGGGCGUUCAAACAACGGCCAAUCAUAUCUUCAUAUGGUCCGCCAAUUCAAUAUCGACGAUUCAAAUGAAAGCGAUGGAGGUCGAGCACUAUCUCCAACACCGUCUGCAUCUUCAGAAGAUUCGCUGUCUGCACCACAUGCCUCUUCACACUUCGAGUUCGUUGAAAAUACUCUAGAAGAUGGACCUCGCGACACCGAAUCCACUUCUUCAGACUUCGAAUAUGUUGGACCCAGGCCGAGGUACGAAGCUCUCAAAUCAGACCUCAAGCCGGUUUCUGGAAGGCGGACCACAUCAACUAAAGCAGACCAACCUAGAGAUGACGAUGGAUUCGUGAACAUUGAUGCUUCAGCUUUCGAUCCGCAGUACGAGAUGCAAACUGUCACAACACUCUUAGAUCCAAACAUUCGCUUUCACUCCACGACUGGCACGUUUUCUACGGAGUUCGCUGUCCAACGUAACGCUCGCAUCCAUCUUUGGGUGGACCCAAGCAACAACCCGGUCAAAAAUCCACUUAAAUCCCUUUCGGAAAUCCGCACGCAGGGUCUCGGAAAGUCUGCUGACGAGGUUGCUGUAUGGCCACAAGAGAAGGCUAUGCUGGAAGACGCCAUACACCGGAAGUUUUACCAGGACGUCGGCAACAUCAUCGCAUGGGAAGAGCAGUACAGAGAUUUUCUACUCAGAGCAGGCUUACCUGAGAGAGAGGACGCACCCGAUUCAUUUAUUAACCUCGAAUUUCCUGGCCGGCAUGAAACUGCAAAAAUGGAAUCUUUACAGCGUAGUUUGCGACCUGGAGUUUCCUACAGGAGUCGAUCAAGAAAGAGAAUCCGUAUUUUUGAGAACGACAACAGUGAUCUUGUCGAUGACGAAGGCCCGCAGAAGAAGAACCCUCACAGCCAGAAGCUAUUACCUAAAGUGCAUGGCGUGCUUACUAGUCAAGCGGACGAUGAUGAAGGGAGCGAUCCGGCACUUAGGUAUCAACAGAAACACACUCUCAAUGACGAACCAACGGUUGUACAACGAUUGGUCGGUCUUACAGGUAAUCCGGAAGAACCAACCCCAGCUCCAAGGCCGAGGCCUAGAGGAUACCGCCUGAGGAAUCCGAACAGGGACCAUAUUACCAGGGCCGUUUUCGUGGAACCAGACAUCACCGAUAAGUUUAAGAAAUUGUUCUUGACACUUGUCAUUGCAUCGUCCAUGUCUGGUGAAGAUGGAGGCAUGGACUGGUCAAUUGUUGAGAAGGUGUACAGCUCAGACUCUAGCUUUAAUCAGCAAAAGCUAAGGAAGAUCUGGAAUUGGAUGCAGCGGAACAUGGCUUCUCAAGUCAAUGCUCUAAAUGCCACGUUUCAGUCUUCCUUCCUCAAUGCGUACGAAAACGGCAUUCUUGACAGCAUUGAGGACUUUAAAAGCUACGAUUGGGGCUCUCUAGUCCAAUGGGCAAUGAGAAAUUGCAAGUAUCCCAGUGCUCUGCUUCCCAAAGAUCAUAGGGUGCUCCGGGACUACUUCGUCGAUGAAUCGAACUAUGAGCCAUUCAAUCGCCGAGAUUGGUACAAGAAAGACUUCCCGCUCGUUCACCGUGAACGGCGAACAUUGGACCUAAAUUACUAUGUCCCUAUGCACCCAAAAACCCCAUCUACCUCUUGUCAUGAACACGCUCUCUUACGGGCGCGCUCCUGGAUACGUUCCAACAUUGCAACACCCCAGUCCAUCUACGAUAGCAGGUUUGCACACGACAAGCUGUACCCUCUGGGUGCGCCUGUUAUUAAGGAGGCUGUUAAGGAAUUGGUGGACUCCAAGGCGAUCAAGCAGAGGAAGUCGAAGCGCUUAAUGCCAGGUCGGAACUUUAACUUCACUGCCACACUUGCGAUCCAGUACAAACGUACGCUUGAGUUGGUGCAUUUCAUGGAAGCGGUGGAACACAAAAAGAAACUGGACGCUGCGUUCUCGAACAUCGAUAUCGAGAAGCGAGUUGUGGAAGUAUCUCGAAGUGCCGACGAAGGUUUCGCUAUAAUGCUCUACUCCCUUCUAAAUGAAGGACGGGUGAGAAUGGUGCCGCGAUUACCACCAAUCAACAACGACAUUGACGGCCCUAGCCCAAGAAUAUCAAAGUGGGGUUUCGUUACUGCAGAGUACAAUUCGAGGGGCUUCGAUCGCUGGCAACUCUUCUGGGACAUCGAUGUUGUGCCGACAUCAAUCUACCAAUAUGGAAGUCCCCUCUUGCCUUUGAAAAAUCCACUUCCUUCCUCGACUGGAUCUUGGGCGCAAAUAGAGAGACCGCCGCUUUCCGAUCCGAAUGAUCCGAAUGCAUUGCUACCGAUAUGGAGCAGUAUUGAUGGGAGAACGGUUAUUUGGCCCUGGUGGAACCGCGUGCUCAACCUGAUCCUCCAUGCCCUGGUCUUUCUCCCAGGCUCCUCAGCCAAAACCAUCCAUAGGCAGUGCAGUAAGGGUGCUGAGCUUUUCGAAGUUGAAAUGGUACUCUCCUGGCUUGUAUCUGUAAAUGCAGCUAGCAAGCACGGCGCUAAGAAAGGGGGUGUGGACAUGGCAACUUACCGAGCAAACCCAGGUUUCUGGGCUGCGUUUGGCGACCAGUUAAUUGGUGAAAAGGAUGAUUGGUUUGGCGAACAUAUUAAGAAGAAGAAGUCCGAAGGAGAGCUCCAGUGGCGAUCCAAGUACAACACUCGUUUCUCCCAAAUGGUGAAUUCAGAGAAUGGCAUGGCGGUAGCAGCAAUAAAUGCAGUAGGUAAUGGGGAGGAGGAGGCCAGUGAGGGUGAGGGAGGAGAUGGUGGGGGGUAUGGGGGCUUCAGCGACGCGGUACUUUGGAACUCACGGAGCCAGUAUCGUUACAUCAAGGGUCUAAACCAAGGUGCAGAACUGAGCCCCCAGGUUCGCGGCCUCCGUCCCACACGAGCUCCUACGACUACACCGGGCGCGGGGCCUCUCCUGUACACGAUUGCAGACGGAGACAGUGAUGCGGCCACCAUGGACUGGGAACCUACACCACGUAGGAGAGGAAGACAUCGUGUCUCCUUCGCUCCUUUACCGAGGCCUCAAGAUAUAUCCGUGCAGGAGGAGGUUGUAGAGAAUGAGGAUGUAGAUAUAGAUGCGGAAGGUGAGCCUGAGGAUAUCGAUGCUGAGGGUGAGCCGGAUGAUGAGAUGAUAUGAUUUCAAGGGCGAUGAUGGAGUGGUAUCUUGGCCCUUUACUUCGGCUGAUUUCAAACGCUACAGUGUUCUAGGUGCAUGCAUUUCCUGGCGUGGUGGGUUAGAGGGGAUGAUACCAUUGCUUCGGAUAUGUGCUUUGUAUGAUAGGAGGGAAACGAGGGGUAAGGGAAAGCUAAUAGCGUGGCAUAUAGGGGAUCAGGAUUGAUAUGGGGAUAUCAGAACAUGGUUUACG